GUGCUUUUUGUAUUUGUAGUUGUGUCCUCAGUACUGGCCAGAAAACGGAGUACACCGACAUGGUCCUAUUCAGGUGGAGUUUGUAUCAGCUGAUUUAGAAGAAGACAUCAUCAGCCGGAUAUUCCGAAUUUAUAAUGCAGCCAGACCCCAGGACGGCUAUCGGAUGGUGCAGCAGUUCCAAUUCCUGGGAUGGCCCAUGUACAGGGACACGCCGGUUUCCAAACGCUCAUUCUUGAAGCUCAUCCGCCAGGUGGAGAAGUGGCAGGAGGAGUACAAUGGGGGAGAGGGACGCACAGUUGUCCAUUGCUUGAAUGGAGGUGGCCGCAGUGGGACGUUUUGUGCAAUCAGUAUUGUUUGUGAAAUGCUUCAACAUCAGAGGGCUGUUGAUGUAUUCCAUGCUGUGAAGACACUGAGAAAUAAUAAGCCUAACAUGGUGGACCUUCUGGAUCAAUACAAAUUCUGCUAUGAAGUGGCUUUGGAAUACUUGAAUUCUGGCUGAUGACAUAAACAGCUCAGACACUGUUCCUCCCUCCACCACCACAAACAAAGCAAGUCGUUUCAUGAUAUCUGUGUCAAUGAGAUGAAGACUUCUCAGUGUUACGCUUCUACUGCUUUGUAUAACUGGCUCUUUUUAAGAGCCCAAAGAGAUGUUUAUAAAACUGCUUGCACUGCCCAUUUUCCACUAUUAAUGCCGCUGCUUGACACCCAUAUGAGCGUACACCAAACCACAUGGCGGUCGUUGAACACUGUAUUCAUAUGUAGCCAUCGGUGUGGUGAAGCAGCAUAGUCCUCUGGUAAAUAAGAGAGCACAAUUAUAUUCUUAUGAAGGAAUUUGUACUCCUCGUUAUAUUUUGUCGCCUGUGAUUCUCAGUUAUUGUCAUGGCCUAGUGUACAUUUCUGUUCUGUGGAGAAUGCUAUCUGGCAUUUUGAUAAUAUAUGAUUUUAGUUAUAUUUGCAUUCUAACACGUGCAUAAUAAAUGAAUCAUAUGUAGCUUAUUUGAACUAAUGGAAAGACGUGUACCAAAUCAUGUUAACUUUUUUGAGUUGUAAUUUCUAUCCACUUUGUACCAUUUCAGAGAGAGAAUCUUGGUAGAAGUGCAGUUAGACAAAUGCAAAAUACAGGAUGCUCAGAUUAAUAUAUCCAAAGCUUUUUCAUUUGUUUAUAUUGUAAAUAUUUUUUGAUUUCAUCAAAUUAUUUAUUCAUUAAAAUGAAUUUUUUUGUGAAGCACAGUGAGUGACAAUCAUUUUUAUUAAGCCCUGGAAAUGCUUACUGUAUGAUAAUGUAAACAUUUGUUUACCUUGUAUGGAUUCUCAGCUCAAUAAAUAAUUACAUACAUGAUAAAAUCUUGUUAUUUAAUACCUCUUGGCAUCUGAGUGCCUUCCAGUAAACCUCUUUUGACUUUAAUUCCUCUGAAUAAUUAGCUACACCAAAGCAUGCUUUUUGUGUGAUCUAGUUUUAAUCCAGCCAAUAGCAAGAAAGAUGUGUCAUGCCACUAUAUAAAAAGAAGAGGUGAGUUGGAUGAAUUCAGAUACUCAUACACAAAUGGAAAACCUGAAAGUUCUGCUGCUCAGUGAAGAAGAGCUGAUGUUGGUUGGGCAUGCACUACUCAGUCUUGUCACAGAGGCAUGUUAUGCCUCACCUUCAUGGAUGCAGUGCAAGAAGCACAGUAGCAAAGAGGACUGAACCAGCAAUGGCUUGCUGCACUGUCCUUUGGGAUUCCAGAUCUUUCUCUCUCACCCAGCAGAACCGAGGAGACAUUGCAGGCAGAACAACUGCUCAGUACUGAAGCCUUCCAGAGCUGUACGGAAACCCAGAGCGAAGAGGUUGCAGACUGCUCAGUAUUUCAGCUCUUAAAAAGAUUGUUUUAACAUGAGAGCCAUCUGGAAUGGGGACAGUAUCAAUAUAAGUGUAUCAAAGUCAAAAUGUUUUGAGAGCCUUUAAAUCUAAAAGGUAUCCAGCCUGGAUAGAAUGAUGCACAGCUUGUCAAGUGCCAGUUCCAAAUCACUGCAAAAUUCAAAUCUGAAGACAUGAGGAUUGGCUUCCUCUGCAGCUGGAAAGCAUCUAUUUUACAAGAAAAAUUCUUUAAAAUGUAGCUGACAGCUACAGGCCAUUGCUGUAAACAGCAGAGAAAUACUGAAGAACUUAGGAAAAACAACCCCAGCUCUGAGAAGAAUGGCUGUGCUUGGGUGAGCCCUGUAGCACUACAGUCCAUUGCAAGAUAUGCUCUGAUUCACAUGGAAACCUCAAAUACUGUAUUCCUCCAAGCAGUUUGACAGACCCGGUAUAACAGCCGAGCACACUUCGCCGUAAUAAUUAAAGAUUGCUAAAAAAUUUAUUUCCAGUAUCUAGUCAUUGAAAUAUGCAUACAUGUGUCUAAUAUUACCUGAUGGUUCUGAGAACUUUAAGGCAGCUAAGCAUGCUGAAGAAGUGCUGAGACUGAAAGUGACAUAGGCAACAUGAUCCCAAACUUGAGCAAGAUUUGUUGAAAUGCAGCAAGAAUUGUGGCAAUCUCUCCCAAGGUCAGAAACCGCCAGUAUUAUUUCAGAUGUUGCACUCUUCAAGACUUGCUUUGACACAGGUAGGUCUUGGGGAGUAAGUGGUGAAAGGAGUUGACAAGAAGAGAGUUCUGCAAGGUUUUUAAUUUCUUUACUGAUGAUAUCACUGAUUUUCUUCUUCUUCUGGCACAGGCAUAGUCAAACCACUCUGAACUUCAAUGUCGUCAAAUGGGAGCCAGCUCAGGAAAGUAGUAAGUCACUUUGUGUCCUCACUCUCCUACUACAGUUAUCAAUAUGAAUGAUAAAAAUCCAGGCUUAGGUAAAGUAUUUUGGCAAGAAGAAAAAGAAAAAAAA